AUGAAAGACGAGAAGGAACGAAAAAUGAGUUCGAAUGAUAAGGAGAUUCAGAGGAAGAGGGGAAAUGGGUGCAUAUCAUUCGCUGUUUAUGUGUUAUUUUCUCCCACCCGUUUCACAGUGCGUGAGGGGGGAGGUGGUCGUGUAGCUUAUCCGCAUACUUUCGCACCUUCCAUAUGUCGUCGUUCCCGCACGAGAGAGGGAAAACUGUGUUAG